AUGGGGGAUGAGGGCGAUGGCCUUCUGCUGCCGGAAGCUUCUCGCUCGCACGCCGCUGGAGCUCCGAGGGCAGGCGGCGCACAGGCCCGAGCGCGACGCAGAGGGGCUUGGCGCUGGUGUCGGUCGGCGGUUCGGCGUUGGAAAAAAAUAACUGGAAAGGAAAGUGCAACACACGAGCGCAGGCGUCGCCCUCCCCUCACAGCGCCCGCCAUGUCUUCCUUUUUCACCACGCCCGCCUCGCAGCGCAAGCGCAAGCGGCCCGAUGCCAACUCGACCGUCCCUCGGAAGCGCAACCCUGCAGCGCCGCCGUCGAGAGCCCCCGCCCGCACCGAGCGCGAAGACUCCAUCACCGAGAGCGAAAGCUCAGACGCCGAGCGCGCCCACGCCUUCGACGACGACGACGACGACGAGUCUGAGACGUCGGACGACGAGAAUGAGACGGCGGCGGAGAAGCGCCUGAGGCUGGCACAGCGCUACCUCGACAACCUCCGCGGCGAGGUGGAGGAGGAGGUCGGCUUCGAUGCAGCGCAGAUCGACAAGGACCUGAUAGCAGAGAGGCUGAAGGAAGACGUGGCCGAAACAAAGGGGAAAAUCUACAGGAACAUUGCCGAAAAGCUGGAUUUCGUCCAGGCACCCCACGUCUUUGGCAAAUCAGGACUGCACAAGGCCAUCACCGGCUGCGCCGUCAAGCUUCCGUACGCAUGGACAAUCAGCAAGGACCUGGUCGUCGAGAAGUGGGAGAUUGCAGACCCAAAGUCGUAUGCUGCCGACCCCGGCCGUCCGUCCAACAUCUCUCCACGACGGACCCCCAAGAAGCUCUUCUGGAGAAAAGGCGACAAGAACAAGAAGGGCGAGAGGGAGUACCUGGGUCACACGGGUGAGAUCAUCUCCAUUGCCGUGUCCGACUCUGGAAAGUACCUGGCGACGGGAGACAAGCACGCACGCCUGAUCAUCUGGGACGCCGAGUCCCUCACCCCGCGCAAGCUGUUUACACGGCAUCGCGACGCCGUCUUGUCGCUCUCGUUCCGGAGAGGUACUGAGCAGCUCUUCUCGGGAGGAGCAGACCGAGCCGUCAUUGUCUGGAGCGCGCCCGAGUCAGCCUACAUCGAGACGUUGGUCGGACACCAGGACGCGGUUGUAGGCAUUGCGGGCGGAGUGGAGAUGAACCAGGAGACAUGUGUCAGUGUCGGCGCACGCGAUCGCACUGCACGAUUAUGGAAAGUCGUCGAAGAGAACCAGCUAGUCUUUCACGGCGGUGGCACAGUCCGACAAAAGGGCCUGGAGAAGCUGCGAAAGGGUCGAUUUGGCAAGAACGUCGAUUAUCUCGACGAGAAAGAUGAGGACAAACAGGCCAACGGUGACGACGACGACGACGACACACCCAUCGCCUACGCAGAAGGCUCCAUCGACUGCGUUGCUCUCCUCGAUGCCAGUCUGUUUGUUACAGCAUCAGAUAGCGGCUCGCUGUCACUGUGGUCCGUUCAGAGGAAAAAGCCGCUGUUCACAUACCCACUCACUCAUGGUCGAGACCCCGCCUUGCCUGCGGAGGACAUGUCAGCGAACCACGAUGCAGCAACCUCGGGAAACAAAGGACCUCGUUUACCCAGAUACGUCACCGCACUUGCAACAGUACCCUUUGCCGACCUCAUCCUCACAGCAAGUUGGGACGGCUGGAUACGAGCAUGGCGAGUGGGCCCGGAGAAGCGCACCAUCGAGCCGGUAGGGAAGGUUGGCCGGAUCCCGGAAGAGGAGGGCGCAGAUGGAAUCCUCAUUCGCGGCAUCGUGAACGGGCUUUCGGUGCAAGAGAGGGGCGAUAGAGGCAAGGAGGGGUUGUGUGUGGUAGCUGCUGUUGGCAAGGAGCCCAGACUUGCUCGAUGGAUGUCAGGGAAAGUCAAGAACGGUAUUUAUGUUUUCGAGGUCCCGAGAAAGGCUCUCAACAAGGAUGCCGCAGUUGACGACGAGGACAACGAGGUGUAA